AUGUGCAGAGGACUAGAAGAGGAAAAGUUAGGUGGCCUCUGCAGGCUGCAGUCCACCCACCUAGAUGCAGAAGAUACGCCGCCUGGUGCCACCGCCGUCACGGUGCCUUGCGAGCUCUGUGGCUCCAGGGCUUCACUCUAUUGCCAAGCCGAUGAUGCUUUUCUGUGCAGAAAAUGCGAUAAAUGUGUUCAUGGGGCUAAUUUCUUAGCCCUCAGGCAUAUUAGGUGCUUUCUCUGCAACACAUGCCAAAACCUUACUCAACGAUAUCUUCUUGGAGCUUCGUUCGAGGUGAUGCUUCCAACAAUAGUAAGUUUGUCGGAGGGAAGUGAUCAUUCAUGUAAUUCGGACAUAGGGAAGCAGUGCUCGAGGAAGCUAAAAAUGCCUUUUCUGCUGCUAUGA